CCGCCCCCUAGCCAUUGGCAGCUCAGUUGCGGCUGGGCCUUGGAGGCGUCCGGGUAGCACUCGGUGAUCUGCUAAGCCAUGGCUGUCCGGACCCCUGUACAACGGGGUGACGCCACCGCUGAGAGAUACCUGUUUGUGGACCGGAACCAUGUAGGCAAUCCAGCCUCACAAGCUGAUUGGACGGCCAAACGCCUGGUAUGGGUCCCAUCUGAACGCCAUGGCUUUGAGGCGGCUGGGCUGCGUGAAGAACGGGGAGAUGAGAUGUUGGUGGAACUUGCUGAGAAUGGGCGUCAGAUGGUGGUGGCCAAAGACGACAUCCAGAAGAUGAACCCACCCAAAUUUACCAAGGUGGAAGACAUGGCAGAGCUGACCUGCCUCAAUGAAGCCUCGGUGUUGCAUAAUCUGAAGGACCGCUACUAUUCAGGUCUUAUCUAUACAUACUCAGGGCUCUUCUGUGUGGUCAUCAACCCUUACAAGAAUUUGCCCAUCUACACAGAACAGAUUGUGGAGAUGUAUCGGGGCAAGAAACGUCACGAGAUGCCUCCCCACAUUUAUGCCAUCUCUGAGACUGCCUACCGAAGCAUGCUGCAAGAUCGAGAAGAUCAGUCGAUCUUGUGCACAGGUGAGUCCGGUGCUGGCAAAACAGAGAACACGAAGAAAGUGAUCCAGUACUUAGCACAUGUGGCUUCAUCUCAUAAAGCCCGGAAGGACCAUAAUGUGCCGCUGGAGUUCCUCAAUGAAGCCAAACAGGGAGAACUGGAGCAUCAGCUGCUGCAAGCCAACCCUAUCUUGGAGGCCUUCGGCAAUGCCAAAACAGUGAAAAACGACAAUUCCUCACGAUUCGGUAAAUUUAUUCGGAUUAAUUUUGAUGUAGCCGGCUACAUUGUUGGAGCCAAUAUAGAGACAUAUCUUUUGGAGAAGUCCCGGGCCAUUCGCCAGGCCAAGGAUGAGCGAACCUUCCACGUUUUUUAUCAACUCUUAGUGGGUGCUGGUGAACACAUGAGAGGGGAGCUGCUGCUGGAGCCAUUCAAUCAGUAUCGCUUUCUGUCGAAUGGGUAUCUGCCCAUCCCUGGACAGCAGGAUAAGGAGAUCUUCCAUGAGACCAUGGAAUCCAUGCGUAUCAUGGGUUUUUCUCAUGAGGAGAUACAUUGUAUGCUGCGGAUGGUCUCAGCUGUACUGCAAUUUGGCAAUAUUGUCUUUCGUAAAGAGAGGAAUACAGAUCAGGCCUCCAUGCCAGAUAACACAGCUGCUCAAAAACUCUGCCACCUCCUGGGCAUGAAUGUCACGGAGUUCACCCGUGCUAUCCUUACCCCACGCAUCAAGGUCGGCCGAGAUUACGUGCAGAAGGCACAGACGAAAGAACAGGCUGACUUUGCUGUGGAAGCAUUGGCCAAAGCCACCUAUGAGCGGCUCUUCCGCUGGCUUGUGCAUCGAAUCAACCGUGCGUUGGAUCGUACCAAGCGCCAGGGGGCGUCUUUCAUCGGCAUUUUGGAUAUUGCUGGUUUUGAAAUAUUUCAGCUGAACUCCUUUGAACAGCUCUGCAUCAACUAUACCAAUGAAAAGCUCCAGCAGCUCUUCAACCACACCCUGUUUGUGCUAGAGCAGGAAGAAUACCAACGAGAGGGCAUUGAAUGGAAUUUCAUUGACUUUGGCUUGGACCUUCAACCCUGCAUUGAUCUCAUUGAAAGACCAGCAAACCCUCCAGGGCUGCUGGCUCUGCUAGAUGAAGAGUGCUGGUUCCCUAAAGCCACCGAUAAGAGCUUUGUGGAAAAAGUUUCCCAGGAGCAAGGGUCCCAUCCCAAAUUCCAGAAACCCCGGCAGCUGCGGGAUAAAGCUGACUUCUGUAUCAUCCAUUAUGCUGGCAAGGUUGAUUACAAAGCGGAUGAAUGGCUUAUGAAAAAUAUGGACCCCUUGAAUGACAAUGUGGCCACUCUUCUUCAUCAGAGUACGGACAAGUUUACUGCUGAACUGUGGAAAGAUGAGAUCCAGAAUAUACAGAAGGUUUAUUUCUUUGACAGCUAUGCCGUGGCAUCUCAGGUUCCAGCAGAAAUGGAUCGGAUUGUGGGUUUGGAUCAAGUAAGCGGGAUGGGAGACCUGACCUUUGGCUCCUCCUACAAGACCAAGAAAGGAAUGUUCCGGACUGUAGGACAACUGUAUAAGGAGUCUCUCUCCAAACUUAUGUCAACCUUGCGCAACACCAACCCCAACUUUGUGCGGUGCAUCAUACCCAACCAUGAGAAAAGAGCUGGAAAACUGGAGCCACAUCUAGUACUGGACCAGCUGCGCUGCAACGGAGUCCUUGAGGGAAUUCGCAUCUGCCGCCAGGGAUUCCCUAAUCGUAUUAUCUUUCAGGAAUUCCGCCAAAGAUAUGAGAUCCUGACACCAAAUGCCAUUCCCAAAGGCUUCAUGGAUGGAAAACAGGCCUGUGAGCGUAUGAUCAAGGCUUUGGAGCUGGACCCUAAUCUCUACCGCAUUGGCCAGAGUAAGAUCUUCUUCCGGGCUGGUGUUUUGGCUCACCUGGAAGAGGAACGAGAUCUGAAGAUUACUGAUAUAAUCGUGUCUUUCCAGGCAGCGGCCAGGGGAUACCUAGCACGCAAAGCUUUCAUGAAAAAGCAGCAGCAGAUGAGCGCCCUCAAAGUUAUGCAACGCAAUUGUGCAGCCUACCUCAAACUGCGCCAUUGGCAGUGGUGGCGUCUGUUUACCAAGGUGAAGCCCCUGUUGCAGGUGACACGCCAGGAUGAGGUGAUGCAAGCGAAGGCACUAGAACUACAGAAGGUCCAAGAGAAGCACACAAAAACCCAACUGGACCUUAAGGAACUAGAAAACAAAUACCAACAGCUUUCCGAGGAGAAGGCCAUCCUGGCUGAGCAGCUGCAGGCUGAGACGGAGCUGUUUGCUGAAGCAGAAGAGAUGCGGGCCCGGCUGGCAGCUCGGAAGCAAGAACUGGAGGACAUCCUGCAUGAGUUGGAGUCACGGGUGGAGGAGGAGGAGGAGCGAUGCCAGCAGCUACAGGGGGACAAGAAGAAGAUGCAACAGCACGUUCAGGACCUUGAAGAGCAACUGGAGGAAGAAGAGGCUGCUCGGCAAAAGCUGCAACUGGAGAAAGUUAGCACAGAAGCCAAGCUGAAAAAGAUGGAAGAAGAUCUGCUGGUGCUCGAAGACCAAAACUCAAAGUUGCAUAAAGAGAGGAAGCUGGUGGAGGAACGCCUAUCAGAGUUCUCUUCUCAUAUGGCAGAAGAGGAAGAGAAGGUGAAGAGCCUGACCAAACUGCGCAAUAAAUACGAAGCUGUCAUCGCCGACAUGGAAGAUCGACUCAAGAAGGAAGAAAAAGGCCGCCAGGAGCUGGAGAAGCUGAAACGGAAGCUGGACGGGGAGGCAGGCGACCUGCAGGAGCAGCUGGUAGAACUGCAACAGCAGCUGGAAGAGCUCCGCCAAGCACUGGCAAAGAAAGAGGCUGAGCUGCAGGCAGCUUUGGCCAGAGUGGAGGACGAAUCAUCCCAGAAGAAUGCUGUGCUCAAGUCCCUGCGUGAGCUCCAAGCACAAAUAUCAGAACUGCAGGAGGACCUGGAGUCGGAGAAGAUGGCCCGGGCCAAAGCUGAGAAACAACGGCGCGACCUGGGGGAGGAGCUGGAAGCUCUAAAGACAGAACUGGAGGACACUCUGGAUUCCACAGCCACACAGCAAGAGCUACGGUCAAAACGGGAGCUGGAGGUGACAGAGCUGAAGAAGACCAUUGAGGAUGAGAUCAAGGCACAUGAAGCACAGGUGGUAGACAUGCGCCAGCGCCACACCAGUGCUCUGGAGGAGCUGUCAGAGCAGCUGGAGCAGUCACGACGGUUCAAAACUACCCUGGAGAAGGCAAAGCAAGUCUUGGAAGGGGAAAAUGCAGAGAUGCAGAAGGAAGUGAAGAUCCUGCAAGGAUCCAGACUGGAAUCUGAGCAGCGGCGCAAGAAGCUGGAGAGUCAAGUCCAGGAACUGCAACUCCGGGCAGCUGAGAAUGAAAGAGUCAAGUCUGAGCUCACCGACAGACUGAUGAAACUGCAGAAUGAGCUUGAUGGAGUCUCUGGUACCUUGGGAAGUGCAGAAUCCAAGACAAUAAAGCUUGCCAAGGACUUGGCUAGUGUUGAAUCCCAUCUGCAGGAUACUCAGGAAUUACUCCAAGAAGAGACGAGGCAGAAGCUGAAUCUGAGCUCUCGAGUUCGGCAACUGGAAGAGGAGAAAGGAGCUCUGCUAGAGCAGCUGGAGGAGGAAGAAGCUGCCAAGGCCAACUUCAGUCGCCAGAUCCAGACUCUGCAGCAGCAGGUGAUGGAGACCAAAAAGAAACUGGAGGAAGAUGCUGGAGUAGCAGAAUCAAUUGAGGAAGCUCGGCGUCGGGCAACCAAAGAACUAGAGGCUCUCUCCUUGCGCUAUGACGAACGGGUUCAGGCCUGUGACAAGCUGGAGAAAGGGCGGACCCGCCUGCAGCAGGAGUUGGAUGAUGUCACCGUGGCCCUUGACCAACAGCGCCAGGUGGUCUCUGCCCUCGAGAAAAAGCAGAAGAAAUUUGAUCAGAUGUUGGCUGAGGAAAAGCUGAUCUCAGCCCGCCAUGCUGAGGAGAGGGACCGUGCAGAAGCUGAUGCCCGUGAGAAGGAGACCAAGGUGUUGUCCCUGAGCCGUGCCUUGGAAGAGGCUCUAGAAAUAAGGGAGGAGCUGGAGAGGCAGAACAAGCAGCUGCGAGCAGAAAUGGAUGACCUGGUCAGCUCCAAGGAUGAUGUUGGCAAAAAUGUGCAUGAGCUUGAACGCUCCAAGCGGGCCUUGGAACAGCAAGUUCAAGAGAUGCGAACCCAGCUUGAGGAACUGGAAGAUGAGCUGCAGGCUGCAGAGGACGGGAAGCUGCGCUUGGAGGUCAAUAUGCAGGCUUUGAAGGCACAACAUGAGAGGGAGCUGCAGAACCGGGAUGAUGCCAAUGAUGACAAGAAGAAACUUCUCAGCAAGCAGGUGCGAGAGUUGGAGGCAGAACUGGAUGCCGAGAGAAAGCAAAGGGCCCAAGCGCUUGCUGCCCGGAAGAAGUUGGAGAUGGAUCUUCAGGAAGCCCAGGCACAACUGGAUGCUACCACCAAGGGAAGGGACGAAGCUUUGAAACAGCUGCGCAAGUUGCAGGCCCAGAUGAAGGAACUCUGGCGAGAGGUUGAAGAAGCCCGGGCAGCUCGUGAGGAGAUUUUUAUUCAGUCUCGUGAGAGUGAGAAGAAGCUGAAAAAUCUGGAGGCAGAACUACUGCAGCUUCAAGAGGAACUGGCAGCGUCAGAGCGAGCCAAGAGGCAGGCCCAACAGGAGCGUGAUGACCUGGCAGAUGAGCUGGCCAAUGGGAACAGUGGCAAGUCCGCUCUUCUAGAUGAAAAACGCCACUUGGAGGCAAGAAUUGCACAGCUGGAGGAGGAACUGGAUGAAGAGCAAAGCAACAUGGAACUCAUGAAUGACCGCUACCGUAAGCUCAGCAUGCAGGUGGAAACAAUCACCACCGAAUUGGCGGCGGAGCGGAGCUUCUCUCAGAAGACUGAAAACGCCCGGCAACAGCUGGAGCGCCAGAACAAAGACUUGAGGGCCAAGUUGGGUGAGAUGGACUCAUCUGUGAAGUCCAAGUACAAGUUGGCCAUUGCAACUCUGGAGUCCAAGGUGGCCCAGCUAGAAGAACAGCUGGAACAGGAGUCCAGAGAGAGGAUGCUGUCAGGAAAACUUGUGAGAAGGGCAGAGAAGAAACUCAAGGAAGUGCUUCUGCAGGUUGAUGAAGAGAGGAGAAAUGCUGACCAGUAUAAAGAUCAGGUUGAAAAAGGCCACCUGCGGCUGAAGCAGCUGAAACGUCAGCUGGAGGAGGCGGAAGAAGAAGCCUCACGGGCCAACGCCAGCCGUCGUCGCAUGCAGCGUGAACUUGAGGAUGUCACUGAAUCAGCAGAAUCCAUGAAUCGCGAAGUCACCAGCCUGCGGAAUCGUCUCAGCAAGUUAGAACGACGUCAACGGAAGCGCACACCUCUCAGCUUCACCACCCGCACCGUGCGGCAGGUCUUCCGUCUUGAUGGCGUCUCAGACGAGGAGACCGAGGACCCCGAGAGCGACUCGCCGUCUACAAACCACCAGCCUCCCCAGCCCCUGGUGCCCUCCCAAGGCCAGUCACCAGUACCUGCUGCCGAAGAGCCAGCCCAGACUCAAUAAAUGGGAAGAAUCAGACUCCAAUUGGAUGGGGUGGGAGAGGAUAGGGACCCUACCCUUGCACAAUGUCUGGCAUCUCUAAGGAAAAGAAAAGAAAAAAAAAAACACUCCCCCCCCCUCCUUUCUUGCCACUUGCAAUCUUGGAUCUCUCAGCAAUCUCUUUGUAUCCAGCUGCACUUUAAUAUCAACUCACCCCUGAGGGGUGGAAAAAAUAGGGCGGCGGCGGAGGAAAAUGGGGGAAGGGGGGGGGGUGUCUGGAUCUUCACUCUGUUUUUCUUAAUGAAAACUCCCAACUCAAAUAGCCAUUGUUUUCUCUUGCACCUUUUAUUCCCCGACCGUUUUCUUCUUGUUUUUCCAACUCUAGUCUGAACAUGCAAAAGAUUCCCAGCCCAAAGAGGAAACGGGGCAGCCAAGGGGUUCAUGAACGCAACAGAGGGUGGAAAGGAAUGGCUCUCUGCCACUGUGCUGUGGCUUCUUGGUAAAGUUGCUGGUACUGAGAUGCCUUCAGCUUUUCCACAAAGACCCCCCUUCCCUCCAUGCACCACUGAGAGGCAGCUAUGCUUGGGGUGCCUUCUGCUCCCCCUGACCCCCCCCCCAACUUCCUGGCUUCAUCUCAGUCCUACUUUUGGGCUCCCUGUUCCUGGGGACAGGGUGUGCUGCAGAGCCUUCUCAGGUUCCCUCUUGGAGGAGGUCCAGAUUUGAUCAUCUCUGCUUCUUCCAGCAGACUUGGCUUGCUGGAGUGACUUUGACUCUCCAUUUGCUGCUAGUAGAACCCGCCCAGGGUCUGGGCUAACGGGAGUAAAUGAACUGAAAACCAUUCAUCUCAGCUUGCCUUCUCUGUUCUGAAGGGGGACUUGGAUGCCACCCUCUCUGCAUAUCAUGGCCAGCAGCCAAAGAGCACUUUGAUUUGUCACCUCCUCAUCCCUUACUCUUAAUAUUGCUAAAACUGCUAUGGGAGGUGAUGGGUGAUUUAAAAAAGAAAUGAAAUGAAAUGAAAAACCUAUGAUGAUAAAAGUUAGGAUUUGCAAACUCCGUAGGCAAAAUAACCAAGAUAACCUCAAAAUUAUAUCCUAGCAUUACCCUUCCUCAACUGGAAGGCUGCCAUCCCAUUAUUGGAAUGACAGUGCAUUUGGGAGGGGGGAGGAAAUGAGGGAGGGGAAUCAGGUUGGAGAAGACUCUUUGUACUUAUUUAAUCUUGCUUAAUUGCAUGUGAGUAGACUUUAGACAGGUAGCCCUUGACUUACAACCGUUUGUUUAGUGACUGUUAGAAGUUAAAAUGGCUUCUGAAAAAAGUGACUUACAACCAGUCCUUGCACUUGCCACCAGUCCUCGCACUUACAACCUUUGCAGCAUUCCCCACAGUCACAUGACCAAAAUUCAGGUGCUUGGCCACCACUGGCAUCUAUUUACAAAGGUUGCAGCAUCCCAGAAUCAGGUGGUCACUAUUUGUGACCUUCCCAGCUGGCUUCUGACAAAGUCAAUUUGGAGAGAAGCCAGAUUCGCUUAAAGACUGCAUGAUUCACUUCACUGAUUUGCUUAACAACUGGGGCAAAAAGGGUCUUAACAUCGGGAGCAACUCUCUUAACAGCCAUCUUGCUUAGCAAUGAAAAUUCUAGUCCCAAUUUUGGUCAUAAAUCAAGGACUACUUGUAUGCAACAAAUGUUGAAUCUGGGUUCUGGACAUAAGCAUUUGGUAAAAGCUGCAGCAACAUCAAAAUGACACACAUAACUGUACUGCCCUUCUCUGUGAAAAUCCAUGUUUCUCCUGGAUUAAGUGUCCUUGCAUUAAUUGCUUUCCCCCUCAGAAAGAGAAAGAACAAAUAGAGUAACUUUAAAAGAAUCAAUGCUGUGUCUCCACGUCUUUCUUCUGAUCUGCAUAUGCUGCUGCUGCUGCUUGUAGCUGCUUAUCACAAUCAUUUACUUUCACACCUGAAGCUAUUUUUGCUACCUACGCAACUCCUUACCAAAGUAAAAGUCCAAAUUCUCUAUCACCCGCCAUCCCCAAAUACAAACAUCAGGCUUCACGGUAAGACAAGAUGGAGUUAAACAUUGCAUAAUUAUAAUCCAACAGGGUAUUCUUGCAUAACAGAGCCGAGAUUCGGACCUGAUUUGCCAAAAAUAAGUAUCCUGGCUUGCAAUACUAUGGAGCCUGAUCGAUAUUUGCAUUCCCUUAUUUUAGGAAUAACAAGUGCCUCACUAUGAAGACGUAGUGCUGUUUUGCACCUUCAGUUGUCUCCAAGACACAGAUAGCCAGCAUGUGGGGAAAAUAUUGUAUAUGAAAAUGUGUGAUUAGCGUCUCAUGCAAUCCAUCUUUGGAAGCAACUGCUGCUUUCCUCUGGGAAAACAGUGUCUGUUGUAUGAAGCGGUUCUUGCCAUAAAAUGUGGAAGGAAAGCGCAUUGAGAGGCCUCUGAUUUUGCUCCACUGCAGCUUCUGAUUUUAAUUCCUUACUAGUGGUGCACAUUCCAUGCCAAUCCUCAUUGCACACCCCUUUAUUUAUUGGGACAAAACUACAGCUGGCAAGUUAUUGAUAGGCCCCAGGUUUUGAGACAUUGCAAUCCAAUCCUAUGCAUGUUUAUUCAGAAGCAGAAUGCCCUGUGUUAGAAGGAGUUUACUCCAAGGUAAGUGUAUAAAAUAUCAGUUGUAAACCUAAUAAUCUCUAGCACUUACAUAGCACUUUAGUGUGUUUGAAGGAUUUCACAUGGUAUAAAGGUUGAACUUAACCUAUGAUGUGCACCUUUUAUAAAGCAGCAGCAAAUGGGUAGCAAACGAAAAAAUAAAUACAAGUCCAGCCUAAUUCUGCACUUAAGAGUUCGCUACUAAGGGUUUGCAAAUCUUAGCUUGGACUCAUAGGAACUCAUCCAGAGGUUUGUGCUUCUCUGGAACAAGGAAUUGGCUCUGGAGGUGGGCUUGCCUUCUCUCUCUAUAUAUAUAUAUUUAUAUAUAUUUUCAGCAUGAUAAUUUCUUGUCUUAAUUUGUUUUAAUUCUGUCUUAUUUGUUUCUAACAAAAGUUUCCCCCCAACAACAUUGUUUUACUUCAAGCCCAGUGGGUUUGCAUUUUUAAAAAAUAUUUUUGUCUCCCCCCUCCCUUUUUUUUUCUUUGCUGUUUGAAUCUGUUUGGAAUUUUCUUAUCCUAAUGUAAAGGGCCAUAGCAAAUACCCUACUCUUUUUUGUUUUGUUUUGUUAAAAAAGAAAAAAAAGUACUUUCUAAGAAAAAGUAUGACUUCUAUUAAAAGUUCAUCUCAGAUAACCG